AUGGCGGUGACGCGGGGGUCCCGGGCCCGGCGCCCCCCGCCCGCCGCGCCCGCGACGGAAGCCGCCCCCCUUUUCGGCCUCCUUCUGCCGGGGGACCCCGGCGGAGCCCCCCGAGCCCGGCCGGGCGGGACGGCGGCUCUGGGCGCGCUGCUGCGCUGCUUCCCCUGCGAGCGGCUGUGCGGGGGCUGCGCGGUGCCCCCCGGGGCGCUGCCCCCGGCCAUGCCGCCCCCGGCCCGCCGCCGCCUGCCCCCGGCCGCCCGCCUGCCCCCGCGCACCUUCCGCAGUUACCUGCCGCGCUCCCACCGCACCUACAGCUGCGUCCACUGCCGGGCGCACCUGGCCCGCCACGAGGAGCUCAUCUCCAAGUCCUUCCAGGGCAGCCACGGCCGUGCCUACCUGUUCAACUCCGUGGUGAACGUGGGGUGCGGCCCGGCUGAGCAGCGGCUGCUGCUGACGGGGCUGCACUCGGUGGCCGACAUCUUCUGCCAGAGCUGCAAGACCACCCUGGGCUGGAAAUACGAACAGGCAUUCGAGAGCAGCCAGAAGUACAAGGAGGGGAAGUUCAUCAUCGAGAUGUCGCACAUGGUGAAGGAGAACGGCUGGGACUGAGGCGGGGGCGCAGCUGGGACCAGGGUCGCGCUGGGUGACCCCCUCCUUGGCACCUUCCCUGUGCCCCUCGGUUUCCCCUUGUGCGGCACCAGCCGCGGAGCUUGGGGGGGCUUUUUAGGGCAAUAAAGGCUUUUUUUUUUUUUUUUUUUAGGAAGGUGCUGGUUGUCACCUGCCCCCGGUGCUGCCACCACCCCUAGCUCACCCUG